AUAAGUUCGCGGGUGACAACAUUUGAAGUUAUUGUCUGUUUUGAUGGAGCAGUAGUUACAGACAAAAGAGGUAUUGAAAUUACCACCAUCCUUUCCAGCGGAUUAAUUCAAAUAUAUUUAUUACAUCUUGCAACAAUAUGUCUGAUUCAUCAGAUUAUUGGUGUGAUUUGACACUGGACCAAGAGACGCUACAUAAUGAGGACGCACCAAAUAAUUCGCCCAUAGAAGAGUGUCUAGGGUUUGACAACAAUGUUGGCGAUUCAUGGCUGUAUCCUAGUAAUUUACCGGAGCGGACCUAUCAGUUAAGCAUAGUAAAAACAUCACUCUUCAAUAACACACUCGUUGUGUUGCCGACUGGGCUUGGUAAAACAUUCAUUGCUGCAGUUGUAAUGUAUAACAUCUACCGAUGGUAUCCGACUAGUAAAGUCAUAUUUAUGGCACCAACUCGUCCAUUGGUGGCACAGCAAUUUGAGGCAUGCCAACGUGUAAUGCCAUUUCCUGAUGAAGAUACUAUUGAGCUGACUGGUAGAUUGCAUCGUAACAGUCGUAAAGAAAUUUGGAAAAAGAAACGUGUAUUCUUUGCAACACCUCAGGUGGUACUGUCCGAUAUGAUUGCCGAUGAAGGCAAAUGUCCGCCCGACUCAAAUUUUCCUUUUAAACAAGUAAAACUGAUUGUGAUAGACGAAGCUCAUCGGGCAAAGGGACGGUAUGCAUAUACAGAAGUGGUUCGAGCCAUGGAGAAACGAAAUAAUUACUUUAGAGUGGUGGCACUCUCAGCAACUCCUGGUCGUACGAUGGAAGAUAUUGCUGAAGUAGUACAAAAUCUACUCAUAUCUCAGAUUGAAGUACGUUGUGACACGUCAGAAGAUGUAUUGCCUUAUAUGCAUAAACGGGAUAUGAAAACUGUAGUAGUACAGCUUGGAAAUGAAAUAAAGGAAUUAUAUGCAGAGAUCUUAUCAAUUAUAGAUCCUUAUCUAAAGGACUUAAUUAGUGCUCAAGUAUUGAGAGGAUCGUUGAAAAACAUUUCACGUAAUUUCCUUUUGUUCGAACAGAAACGUUUUCGGGAGAUUAAUCAAAAUGCACAGGAUCAAAAAAAUUUAUUGGUUUCAAAAAAUUUUUCAUUUUGCAUUAGUAUGUAUCAUGCUCUAGAACUAUUGGAACGUCAUGGCAUUCGCGUAUUUCUUAAUUUUUUCGGGAAGGACGAAGAUGGGCGGAGUAAUUAUGUUGUAAAUGUGGAACCUAAAGUACGUCAUUUAUUGGAUCGACUGCGGGAUCACUUUGGUCGAGACUCUUUUGAAAUUUUAACAAAUAUGAUGGUCAAUGGUCAAUUCGUUAAAAUGCCCGACAAUUUUGACUUUGGACACCCAAAGUUUGAGCAAGCAAGAACUUGUUUACUUCAGCAUUUUCAAACUACACCAAACUCGCGUGCUAUAGUUUUCUGUGAAUAUAGAGAAACAGUUAUGCUGAUGUAUCGAUUAUUGUUACAGCAUGAGCCGCUACUGAAGCCACGUUAUUUUGUAGGUCAAGGUGGUAACAUGGGUAGUUUGCGUUCACUAACACAAAAACAACAAAUUAAAAUUAUGGAUGACUUUCGAAGUGGAAAAUGUAAUAUUCUUAUAGCCACCUCCAUAGGAGAAGAAGGUAUUGAUGUUGGCGAAGUAGAACUAAUUUUAUGCUUCGACAUCAAUACUUCAAAUCCACAACGUUUUCUUCAAAGAAUUGGGCGAACUGGAAGGAAAAAGCAGGGUAGUGUUGUGGUAUUGGUUACCGAAGGACGGGAAGAACAAAUUUUCAAAAAUGUUUUAGCUCAAAAAGACUUAACUAAUCCAAGAAUGCUUCAAUCAAUGAUAGUAAACAAAUCCCUAUAUAAGAAAUCACCACGAUUGGUCCCUACUGAUGUAGAUCCCAAAGUAAUUCGCGUUUUUAUAAAACCUACUAAGUCCAAGGAAAACAAAAAGGACAUAAAUUCAAAAAACAGAACAAAAAAAAAGAUAAUGUCUACUCCUAACUCAAUGUUCAUGGAUCCUUCACAGCAUGGUGUAGAAACGCAGCAAAAUCUUGAAAAAUGUUUAAGAAGAAUCGAUGAAUAUUUCAAUACUUUUGAUGAUCCCGUGGCAUCUAAUACACAAUUGUUAAAGGGAAUUACAUGUACGCAAAAAUUCUCGCAUAAAUUGAAUUCCUCUCAAGGAAUAUCUCUAUAUAAUUCUCAACGUUUUCGUAAUCUAAAAAGAGUUCUUGAGAAAAAUUCUACUGUAAUACCUUCCAAAGAAAUUAUUACAAAUCCGAUAGAACAAUUAAAGUCCUCCAAGGUAUCUAAUGAUGGAAAACGUUUUAUUUUACGCACUCAACCAUGUAUUAUUAGAAAUAUUUUUGAUAAGAUGAAGUUGUUGGAAAUAUUACCUUUAAAACCCGACGAAAUGUCAGACGAAGAAAAAGAUAUCCGACAUUUGUACGACUUUAUUGAAAAAUUGUUAGGGGGCGAUCUCUCUAUGGAAAUUUUCAUUGAUGAUGCUGAUAUUGAACGCUUAGCUAGACAACGAAUGUAUAGACCUCCCUCUGAUUAUGAUCUAAGUGAUAGUGAGUACAAAGAUGUUUGCAAUACAAUAUUCGAUGGAUUGGAAGAACAAGGACUUUUAUGCGAUAAUUUUGAUUACAUACAAGAAGAGUUGAAGAAAACUAAGUUUUAUGAAGACUCAUAUCCCAAAGUAGAAAGUGAUGAUUAUCAUCAUAUGUCAUAUUCACCACUAAGAAAUGAUACCGAUUCAAUGGUAUAUGAAACUGUUAUUUUAGAUGAAGAAACAGAAAUCAGCACAUUUGGUGAAACUAGUCUAAAUAAUAAUAAUGGUGAUUAUCAACCUAUAUCACAAUCACCACUGAGAAAUGAUGGCGAUUCAAUGGUAUAUGAAACUGGUAUUUUAGAUGAAGAAGGUGAAAUCAGCACAUUUGGUGAAUAUAGCCAAAAUAAUGAAUCUAUAUGUCAAAAUAAUUGUCAAAGACAUAAACUUGCAAUAAAAGCAAGUAACAAGUCAGCUCUAAAACAGGGUCCUUUAGCAAAAGCUUUUCAGCGGCAGCGUUCAAAGUUUAGGAACAAAAUUCAAACAAAAGAGCAAUCAUUGAAACUGGUGGACGAUAAUUUUAGUACAUAUAGCAACAGAGAUAAAACAUCUGACGUUAUAACUUUAUUUGAGACAUCAGAUGAAGAUAAUCAGGUAAAAACAAGGGCCUUGAUCAGUGGAAGUUCAAAAAACUCCGAACCGAAAUGUAUAAAGCCAAAUUUAAACAAAUGUUCGAAUGACUGCAAAAAAUUCGGUUUUAUUAGUGAUCUUUCUAAGCAAAUGCCUUCAUUACCACAAUCAACCCAGAAUGAUUUAGAUGUAGAUAUAAAUGAUUUUUUGAAACCAUUUCCUGAAGAAACUCCUAACGAAUCAGGUGACAACAUCCCUACUAAAUCCAAAAUUGACAAUAGUAGUAUUUUUAGUAAUCGACCUUUUUACUCCUUCUCAAAUUUUAAUUUAAUUCAAAAAGGAAAUAAAUGCACUUCUACAGAAAACUAUAAUUCAGAAGUUUUGGGUUCUAACACCGCCAUAACACCACCAGAAGGACUAACAGAUAUAGAAGAGCAAUAUAGAAAAUCAUCAACCCUGUUCGCUCCGCUCAAAAAAGAAGCUAAUGAAUUUUUAAAUACAUCAACUAAUGUCAAUCUUAAUUUAGAAAUGCAGAGUGCUAAUAGACCCAUAACACCACCAGAAAGAUUACCAACUCAACCAGAGCUGUAUGAAAAAUCACCAACCCUUUUCGAAUUGUACUUAGAAAAUAUUAAAAGGUAUAAAGGGAACAUGCCGGAACAUAUAAAACAGUCCGUUGCCUUCGCAGAGAAACAGAUUCGCGAAGCAUCAUCUGAUCGGCAUUUAUUUUCAACAACAAAUGUAAGUUAUAGUGAAGAAAAAAUUAUUUCAUCGAACGUUUCAGGUGAAACGAACGAGAGAGCAGUAGGGUCGGAAACUGAUUGUGAAGAGUUUAUUGAAACACAAAUCCCCAACCUUUGUACGGAAUCCAUUUCAAACACCUACAGAGAUUCUAGUGUUACUAAUGCAGAGGCAGAGGAAGGGUCUGAAACGGAGUGCGAGGAAAUCACUGAAACGCAAAAGACUGUUGAUUGCUUCCGAUUACAACGCCAAAAUCGUCAUAAUCAGGAUCAUGAUCCUGUAUGUAGUGGCGAUGAAUAUAGUGAAACGCCCAGUAAUCAGUAUAUAAAAGAAUUGAAUUGGAAUGAAUUUACUAUAAAGGCAGGUAACAAGUCGACUCCAGUAAAGGGUCCUUUAGAAAAAGCUUUUCAGCGGCAGCUUUCAAAGUUUGGAAAUAAAAUUCAUAUAAAAAGGAAAUCAUUGAAACUGGUGGACGGAAAUAAAUCAUCUAACGUUAUAAUUUUAUCUGACACAUCAGAUGAAGAUUAUCAGGUAGAGACACAGGCCUUGAUAAGUGGAAGUUUCAAAAACUCGGAACCGAAAUGCAUAAAACCAAAUUUAAACAAAUGUUUUAAACAGAUGCCUUCAUUAUCAAAAUCAACCCAAAAUGACUUAGACGUAGACAUAAAUGAUUUUUUGAAACCAUUUCCUGAAGAAACUCCUGACGAAUCAGGUGACAACAUCCCUGCUUUGAAACCCAAAAUUGAAGUUAGCAGUGUUUUUACUAAUCGACCUUUUUACUCCUCAAAUUUCAAUUUAAUUCAAAAAGGAAAUAAAUGCACUUCUAGCGAAAACUAUAAUUCAGAAGUUUUGGGUUCUAACACCGCCAUAACACCACCAGAAGGACUAACAGAUAUAGAAGAGCAAUAUAGAAAAUCAUCAACCCUGUUCGCUCCGCUGAAAAAAGAAGCUAAUGAUUUUUUAAAUACAUCAACUAAUGUCAAUACUAAUUUAGAAGUGCAGAGUCCUAAUAGACUCAUAACACCACCAGAAAGAUUAUCAACUCAAUCAGAGCCAUAUGAAAAAUCACCAACCAUUUCCGAAUUGUACUUAGAAAAUAAGAAAAGAUGUAAAGGGAACAUGCCGGAACAUAUAAAACAGUCCGUUGCUUUCGCAGAGAAACAGAUUCGCGAAGCAUCAUCUGAUCGGCAUUUAUUUUCAACAACAAAUGUAAGUUAUAGUGAAGAAAAAAUUAUUUCAUCGAACGUUUCAGGUGAAACGAACGAGAGAGCAGUAGGGUCGGAAACUGAUUGUGAAGAGUUUAUUGAAACACAAAUCCCCAACCUUUGUACGAAAUUAAUUUCAAACACUCACAGAGAUUCAAGUGUCACUAAUGCAAAGGCAGAAGAAGGGUCUGAAACGGAGUGCGAAGAAAUUACUGAAACGCAAAAGGCUGUUGAUUGCUUCCGAUUACAACGUCAAAAUCGUCGUCGUCUGGAUAAUUUUAUUGAUUAUGAGGCUGCAGCAAGUGGCGAUGAAAGUGACGAUGAAAUGCCCUGUAGUCAGUAUAUAAAGGACUCUAUGAUUGUAUCGAGUGAUGAGUUGGAUACAAUAGACGAAAAUGCACCCACAUGCUCUCAGAUGCAAGCACAUUAUCUUCAAUCCAUUAAAAGCCCCAAACCUAUAGCUCGUAGUACUUUCAAAAUUCCGCCCUUCCGGGAGUAUAAUGAUCUCAGCCAAAUUUACUCACAAAUGCCCCCUAAAGAACCUUCCCAAUAUGUUUAUGACUCCUUUGUAGUAGCUGAAGGACAUGAUAAAGAAUGUAUGAAAUCACAAAAUGAAACAUUGAGCCCGCUGGAACGAGCCGAACGUAUUUUAAUAGAACAAAAACGUGCACGAAAAAAAUUCAAAAAGGUCGCCGAGUUUAAGAAACGAAAGCGUAUUCGCCAGGUUUCCGAUAGUUCUGAUGACGACUUUAUUCCUCUUAAGUAAGAUUACAAAUUUGUAUGUUUUUAUUUAAAAAAUGCUUAGCGCAGCUGUAACUCUAGUACGAUGAGUAGUAUAUUAGAUAUAUAUAUAUAUACGUAUGCAAGUAUAAUUAAUAAAAUAUAAAAACUUAA